UAAUUAUACACACUGUAAAAUAUGCCUAUAGACAUAAAACUAUCACCGUCUGACGCUGUCGUCGUGGUGUUUCCCUAUCAUUAGAAGCGCGAAUGCCGAUAUAAUUAAUAAUCAAUUACCCACUGCAAUGUACGGUUCAUUGCGUUCGCACGCGGCAAACAUUAUUAAACGCGGGAGUCCAAUAUCGACAGUAUCGCAUGUAUCGAAUGAUUAAUAAACUAAUGUUUGGUUUCGUAUUGCCGGAAUCGAUUUGUUCGCGAUGGAUUUUCUUAGUCUCGAACUUUGUGUUGUUCUUAGACCUUAGUCGAUACUAUCGCUAAUCGCUGUUUUCUCGCCAUAUAUUAUCAUAACGACGACGCGCGGCGGUGACCUCUAUCCGUUUUUAAGAUCCUCAUAUAACCCGAGAAACCGGUCAACGGGGGUUGAAGUAAUUGUACAAACGCGCUCGCAGAGAAAAAAAUAUAACCGUGGCUGUCCAUCUAUGCGUGGGUUGGGGUGGGUGUGGUGCUGCGGUGGUUACGCGGCAUGAUUUCGCAUGCGGUGGAAAGACGAGGGGGGACAUCGCGCGCGUAUAUAGUUUCCUACGACGGACACACGACGCGCGUAGGGCCGGACGCUGCCCCCUCCCCCUCACCGCGUUUGACGUGCGAUGCACCGCCGCCGCAGUUGCACGCUAGCACACACGCACAAAAAUACACGCGAGCACGGGCGUCAAGCGCACGAUUGUGCAACGUCGUAGUGUGGCAGCGCCCGUCCGCCGCGCCACGGCUUUGGCUGGCGCCCACCACCGCGCCGCCGUCACCGCCGGCGCGUCCGCGUACAUGUCGUUCAUUUCAUUCUUCGGUCGUUUGCGGCAGAGACCGACGGUCGGCGGCGGCGGCGGCGCGCGCCGUUACGCGAUCGGCAAACAGUCGGUGUAGUGCCUACGGGCGUGCUCGCGUGCCGUUACAUCGCAGUCCGUGUGUUCUGUCGCUGUUCACUACCCGCGUCGCACGAGCCGUCCGCGUUCGGUGUUCGUGUCUUUCGUAUCCGUUCGUUUUCGUUUCGUUUACUCUGCAUGAUAUUACUCGUCCGCCGUCCACCGCCACCAUCAUCACACACCGCGUACACACGUUUCGUAUACGGGUGCUCGAAGACCGUACCAGAAGUGUUUUUGACAUGGACACACGGUUUUCGCCGUUCCCAAAUCAUGUAAAUGCACUAUCUGGUACGACACUUCGGCGCCCAUUUUUCUACUGUCCAACCGUCCGUCACUGUUAUACCAUGUACCGCUAUAAUGCUGCUGGGAUAGUAUCACCUAACCAGUACCGCCACACGACGACGGCUGCGAGGACGACGACGAUGACAUCCUCAAGCAGUUACUGUUUUGAAUUUUUUGUUUACAAAUCGAUUGUUAUUUAUUGCGUCAGCGUAUUGAUCGCCACGAAUAGUGCCGCUUACGUAUCAUUUGGUGGAUUAUUGAUGCGACUGCUGGGUGACCCAAACAAUUUACACGGAUUCGAAGUGGACCAAUGCGUUUACCUGCUGAUGAAGAAAUUAGCUUUUUAAAGUUAUUUACAGUUUGGGGGGAGAAGGGGCUGUAAUUAGUUUGCAAAGAUAAACUGUAUACAUUUUUAUACAAUUAAAAUAUAAACAUUACAAAUAUGUAUUAUGAUAAUA